AUGAAGUUCCGCGAUGGCAUGUGGUUGACGGCCGAAGGGGUAAGGGUCGAGUACGCAGAGGAAGUCUACAACAUCAAGAAGACAGACCGAGGAUUGAGUCUGCUAUGUCCCACCAAGAAGAUCAAGUCUCGAGGAGAUACUCUCAACUUGAGUACACUGACCAUAGACGUCGAAGCCCAAAGUGACGGCAUUAUAUCCAUCGAGACUACCCAUUGGGAUGGCGCAAUCAACAGAGGGCCUCACUUUGACCUGUACCCUGGUGGCAAGCCCAAGGUCGAAGCCCAGGUCACCGAGGGCGGCAAAGGAACCACUUUGACCUCGGGCUCUCUGGCUGCUACCAUACAGCCUGGGACGUUCGAUAUCAGUUUCGAUGCUGCAGAUGGCUCCAAGCAUCUCACCUCUCUUCUGAACAGGAGCGUCGGUCUUGCUUACAGCCCUGGCCCCACCAACCCGUUGCAGACCGGCGACAUGAGGGACUUUCAGCACUACAUCUUCACCCAGACGUCUCUGUCCGUGGGAGAGUCUGUCCACGGCCUUGGCGAGAGGUUCGGGGCCUUCAACAAGCUCGGCCAGUCCAUCACGCUGUGGAAUGCGGACGGCGGGACGUCCAGCGAUCAGGCUUACAAGAACGUGUCCUUCUGGCUGAGCAACCGUGGGUACGGCGUCUUCAUCGACCAUCCGGGCAAGGUCGAGCUGGAGGUCGGCAGCGAGCGUUGCGCGCGCGUUCAGACGAGCGUCGAGGGCCAGAGGCUCAAAUGGUACAUUAUCUACGGCAGGACGCCCAAGGAGGUCCUCUACCGGUACUCGACACUGAUGGGCAGGCCCGGCAGGGUGCCCUCGUGGAGCCUGGGCCUGUGGCUGAGCACGAGCUUCACGACCAAUUACGACGAGGCGACGGUCAACUCGUUCCUCGAGGGCAUGAAGGAGCGCGACAUCGCCGUCGACGUAUUCCACUACGACUGCUUCUGGAUGCCGGCCUUCAAGUGGACCGACUUCGUCUUCGACUCGGAGCGCUUCCCGGACCCCAAGGCCCAAAUCGGGCGGCUCAAGGCGUCCGGGCUGGUCAAGAAGGUGUGCGUGUGGAUCAACCCGUACAUUGCGCAGCACGGCGAGGCGUUCCGCGAGGGCGCCGAGAAGGGCUACUUCCUCAAGCGCAAGAACGGCGACAUCUGGCAGUGGGAUCUGUGGCAGGCGGGCAUGGCCCUCGUCGACUUCACCAACCCGGCCGCGUGCAAGUGGUACGCGGAGUGCCUCAACAAGCUCUUCGACCAGGGCGUCGACGCCAUCAAGACUGACUUUGGCGAGCGCAUCCCCUCGCGCGACGUCGCGUGGCACGACAGCUCGGUCGACCCGGAGAAGAUGCACAACUUCUACGCCUUCCUGUACAACAAGGUCGUGUACGAGGCGCUGGAGGCGCGGUACGGCGCCGGGCAGGCGGUGCUGUUCGCGCGCGCCGCCUGCGCCGGCACGCAGCGCUUCCCGCUGCAGUGGGGCGGGGACUGUGAGUCGACGCCCGAGGCCAUGGCCGAGUCGGUGCGCGGCGGCCUGGGCCUGGGUCUGGGCGGCUUCGCCUUCUGGAGCGUCGACAUCGGGGGGUUCGAGGGCUACCCGCCCGCCUGGGUGUACAAGCGCUGGGUCGCCUUUGGCCUGCUCUGCAGCCACUCGCGCCUGCACGGCAGCAGCUCGUACCGCGUCCCGUGGACCAUCGACGACGAUGACAGGGGCGAGGAGGGCUGCACCAGGACCCUGGCCAAGUGGACCGCACUGAAGAACAGGCUCAUGCCGUAUCUGUACGCACAGGCCGCCAAGGCGAUUGACGGCGGGCUGCCGCUGAGUCUGAGGGCGAUGUGUCUCGAGUUCCCUGACGACCCAACGGCUUGGUACUUGGACAGGCAAUUCAUGGUCGGUGAUAACCUGCUGGCGGCGCCCAUCUUUGAUGAGAGCGGCGAGGUAGAAUUCUACCUACCCAAGGGUAAGUGGACGUCGUUCUUCACCAACGAGGUGCGAACUGGGCCUGGUUGGUUCAGAGAGAAGCACGGCUUCGGAUCACUGCCGCUGUAUGUUAGGGAGAAUUCGAUCUUGCUACUUGGCAAGCAGGGUGUGAAGGGUGCGGUCUAUGAUUACGCCGAGGACUUGGAGGUCUGUUUGUAUGGCGUUAGUGAGGGCACCAAGGCCACAUUGUUGGACAAUGAAGGCAAAGAGCUGGGCACGAUAGGAGUGUCAGCCGAUGGUAAGUUGCAAGGUGAGGAUAUCCUCAAGGGCAAAACCACUGUGAGCAAGGACGGGAGGCAAAUCGACGAGUCUGCGAGCAACACGAUUAAGCUACUCACAUAG